UUACUCUUUUUACAAGCUAAAAGCUCAAGUGGAGCGAUCUAUGGGCUUCUUGCAGUUUACCAACACGACAAUGGCCGAAUUGUCCGUAUAGGAUAUUUUUUAUUGGCCCAUACAUCCCAACCUGCCAUGUCUUUGGUUUUAAAAAUGGCGUAUACAAGCUUUUUGUUUGCCGGUUUACGCUGUUGAAUACUUUCCAAGACCUCGCGUGUACUCAAUCGAGUCGUAAACGUCGUGAAUAUGAAAUUUAACUACAUGUGUAGGUAUAUAAUCAACACUGUGGACCCCGUGAACGAAUUUUCGUAGCGUUAUGGUGAAUUAGAAUGGUGCCUGUGGCUUGUCAAUCUCGCACGUCGUCAGGUUACCCUUUCGUAACGUAAAUACACCCAGUAAGCGUUUUGUAUUUCAGAUAUGACAGCGUCGCAAAAUAGUAGAUAAUGGAGAGCUCAGAAGAUGAUGCGGGCACCGCGACUGGCGCUUCCCGCCGUGCAUCGGCGCGGGAAAGGGAUAUCGGACAGGCGGAGGACUACAACGCAACUGGUAGUACGCUGCAGGAACCGACCGAUGCGCGGGCCUCGUGCAGGACGCCCGCGAUGUCCGAGGACAACUUUGACGGCGACAGCGUACCAUCGCCGUCGGGUCAGGACGUCAACACUAGCACGGAAGCGAUUCUGGACAUGAUCGACGAGUUCGUCGACGGCCCGAGUGCACCGAAACGACUUCCUCUGUCGUCCGCCGAAGACACUUCGGAGAGUGAAUGCGUCAAGACUGACGACGAAACCAUCACACAGGAAGCGCCCGCGAGUGCUCCCGAAGAGGAGCCCCCGCCUCCCCCGACCGCGUCCGACGCCACAAGUGCCAAAAGUGACCCCGACCGCGACGCGAGUGAACCAGUCGUGCAACCCGAGUGUACUGCUCCUAGUAAUGUUUCAUUGGAUGUUGUAAACACUGAUUCUGUGGAGCCACAACAAGAAUGUUCCAAGUCUGUUUGUGAUACAAAUGAUAAUUCUUCAUCAGUAGAGAACCGACUAGAACCUUGUGGUGACUCUGAAGUGCCGCAGGAGCCUAGUGUAGAGCCCGAAGCGCCCUUGAAAGCAUGUGUGGAGCCAGAAGCAUCAUUAGAACCUUGUGAGAGAUCUAAUGCACCCAGUGAGUGUCCACCCCAAAAUAUUCCUUCCAGCAGUUUAUCAGAGACUGUGCAGAAUGUUUCUGAACCGAGUGAGUGCGAGAUACGAGAACGGACAGUGAAAUGUGUGACAUCAAGUGACUCUCGGAAUGAUGUAACUAUAGAAAGUGCAGAAUCAACGUCAAGUGACAUUAGUUUAAGUGAAGAGAAAGUUAGUGGUGCAGAACAAUCCACGCGAUCCCCGCUGCGGAGGCGCCUCGUGCGCCCUGCCCCUGUGGACCGCCGGCCAGACUCAACGGUGUCCUCUACCGUAGAUAUUCACACUACUCAGCAGUCGAGCUGUGAGAGCCUCGCUAAGGAUGUCUCCAGCUCUUCUGAUGCGGUGCCCUCUGUACAUGGUAAUGUUAAGCUUGAAGAGAUUAGAAAUGUAAGUGAAAUAAGUGUCUGCAAAGCAGAAACUUCUGUAAGUCCUACUAAAAAAAUUAAACUUGUUAGACAAAAGGUCAAUGCCCCUACAGUAAGCAGAGAAACAUCUCGAGAGAAUCAGAAUGUUCAGGUGGAGCCGGAGCAGUGUCAGUCAACAUCCAGUGACACCCCUUCAUCUUACCCUGUCCAACCAUGUCCUAAUUUGAAUUCAAAUAGUGCUUUGAGAGCAUUAAUUGAACAAAAAAUUGAACCAAAUAGCUCACUUGUUCAAGAAGUUGAUGACCAGAUACCCACGAAAUCUAAUGAUGAUACCCCUGUACAAAAGAGUGAAGAUAGUAGUAAUGAAAACCCAAAGGAAGAAUUUUCAGGGGAGAUGGCAAGAGUUGAGGAUGAAAGGAAAGUGUCACCUCUAAAAAUAGAUUUGAGUACCUGUAAAACAUUUUGUGAUGCUGAGACGGAGAACAAAGUUGAUGGUCAAGGCAGUUCUAGCACUAAUGAACAUGCUCAUGAUGAGCCCAUAUCUCCAAGACAGGUCCCUAAACUGACUAUUAAAUUAGGAAAUAAACAAACAGAGGAAAGAAAGUCUCCUGUUCCCAAACUUACAAUUAAGCCUAUUAAACCCCCUCCAGAUAAUAUUGAAAGUGGGAUGCAGAUUCCAAAUGUGACAAAGCUGAAUAUCAAGCCCAUUUUGAAGCCCACGGAAAAGUUGAGUGAUAACUCCCAAAUCAGUGAAACCAAGGCUGACAGUAGUGAACAAAUACCAAACAUAACGAAACUGAACAUCAAACCCAUCCCUAGACCCCCUGAAAAGAUAAAUGAUAUACAUCGCAAGUCCAGCAGUAGUGAAAUAUCAGAAUCAGAAUACUCAGAAAAUGAUGACAGUGCAAGUACGUCUGACCAAGCAUCUGCAUCAGAUCAGGGACCACCUGAUGUAGUCCCCAAAGUUACCAUUAAGCUAGGAAAACCUGGCACAGAAUCUGAAGGAAAAUUCUAUGCAGAGAAAAAUCUUCCAAAAUUAACAAUAAAAGGAAUACAACAAAAUGAAAAAGAUGACCCUGAAUCACCAUCAAAGUUAACUUUGGUGAUAAGUCAACCUGAGGACAAAAAUUUUGAAAAAGUUCCCAAAUUGACUAUUAAAACUGUGACUAAAUCUGAGGGUCAACCUCUCAGCCCAAAGCUUACAAUUAAGCCCUUGAAACCACCAGACAAUAUUAGCAAAGAACUUACAUGUAAUGCUGAACUUGACCCUCCACAGAUUCCCAAACUUAAGAUUUCCACUGAGUGUUUUACAGCAACAUGCACAGAAGUCAAAGACAAUGUACAUGUUCCUAAAAUCACAAUAAAACCUGUCCAGAAACCAGAUACUGAACCCAAAACUAACAGAAAGUCAAAUGUUUGUGACAAUGAAGAACAUAUCCCCCAAGUUACAAAAUUAAAUAUAAAACCUAUUUUGAAACCUACAGAUAUUGGUGAACCCUCAGAAGGGCUGGAAGAUAAAGUUCCUGUAGUUUCAAAAUUGAAUAUUAAACCUAUAGUAAAGCCUAAAGAUAAUGAUGUAGAUUCUAGCAUGUAUGAUGUACCUAAAAUAACGAAAUUGAAUAUUAAACCUUUAAAGAAUCCUGAAGAAGACUCUUUACAAGAAAAAGACUGUGAUGAAUUGAAUGCGGACAGAGAGGAAAAUAGUAUACCUGUUGUAUCUAAACUUAAUAUUAAGCCUAUUGUUAAGCCAGCUGAGGAAGAUACUUCGAAGGAUUCGGAGAAUCAAUCUUCAGAAACCGGGAAUUCCAGUGAUGAGAACAAUGAUCACAUACCUGUUGUUACUAAAAUAAAUAUUAAACCAAUUCUUAAACCAAAUGAAUCAUCAGUGGGGUCGCCUAAACAUAAAACAUCAAAUGAAGACUCUACACCUAUUGUAACUAAACUCAAUAUCAAGCCAUUAAUUAAGCCAGAAGAAAGUAUUUCCCCUUCAUCUCCUAAGAAAGAAAAUUUGAAAAAUGUAGAUACAAAAAAUUCUAACAUACCUGUUGUUACAAAAUUGAAUAUUAAACCUGUUGUUAAGCCUGAAGAUAUAGAUGUACAUAAAAGUAGAGAAGAAAAUGAAGAUAAAAUUGUAAAAAAUCCACCCUUAGUUAUGAAAAUAAAUAUGAAAGCUGUUACUGAUUCUUCUUUGAAUGAAAGUUGUAACACUGAUAGGAACAUAAAUAAUGUUGAUGAUGGUGACCAUGUUCACAAUAACAUAGGUGAGGACAUGCCUGUAAUGAAACUAAACAUUAAACCUGUAAUGAAACCUGACAGCCCUAAACAAAGGGCUGAGAAUAUUGAUGGCGAGAGAAAUGCCGUUAGUUCUGGUUCAUCUAAACAAGAAAACGAGAGCCAUUUACAUCAUAAUGAAAUAAGGCAAAAUUGUGUACAAGAAUUGGAAAAGAGUAGCACUGAAAGUGGUCACUGUUUGUUAAAAGAGUUGGUACAUUCAAAUUCAGAUAAUAAGACAGUCAAAACAGGAAGUUCAACUUCAGAGACUGCAACAUCCAAACAUGAUGAUUCAAGAGUAUCUCCUAGCCUGGUUCAAGGUACUGAGAUAAGUUUAAGUUCAGAUCAUGUCACCACUAAUGCAGGGUUGAACACAGAAGUAAAUGCUGUCAGGGCAACAAACAGACAAGUAAGCUCUGUGAGAAACUGCACAUUGCUCAAGAAGCUUUUGGAGAGUACUGAAUGUAUAAGUGAAAAAUCAAAUGAUUCUCAUACAAUCAUCAGUCAUAAUUCUCCAAUUUGCAAAGAAACUUUGAAUUAUGAACAGUUUGAUUCUGGGCACAGUAGCAUGGAAAAAGUAAAUGACAUUGCAAAUGAUAGCCCAAAGACCCGAAGCCCCAGUCCAGAUAAAGUAAAUGAUGUAAAUACUCCACAAAUUAGUUUAAAAAUUCGUCCAAUCCAAGAGCUUUGUAAAGAAGCCAAUGAAAAUGUAACAAAACCAUUAGAAAUCAAUGUAUCUGAAAAGCUGUCUAAUCAAAGUUCAGGUCAAGAUUCUCCUAGAAUAAUACUGAAGAUAAAUAAGACUGAUCACGGAGCCUCAGCUAAAAUAAUAACUGAGGAGGUGAACAAAGGUGACACCCUGCAGCAGAGCUACAAAUCUGAAAAUGCAGUAGAGGUCAACGACAAGCCAAGUCCGAGGAAGAAUGUCGUGAACAGGCGAAAGCAGGCGGUGGACAACAGUCCCACUAUGGCGUUGGGUAAGCGAUUGAGAAGCUCUAGGAUCGUGGAGAACGCCGAGAAGUCCCCAAUAAUAAAACGAAUUAUGGGCAAGAGGCCGCCGACGAGCGACGCGAGCACGCCAAAUAAAGAAUCUGAAUUAACCGUACUCGAGAGUAAGAGACUUAAACUGGGUCAACUGUUGUCAAAUAAGUCCUUAACAAUCACCCCCGUUAUCAAAAAGUCGCCGGAGGCGAAACCAUUGGAAAUCAAACCAGGCAAAGUGGCCAACCACACUAUCGUGAAUAACGAGAAUUGUUCGAAAAACGGCAAUUCGAAGCUGCACAAUAUCCUGUCGAACCUGCAGGCGAAUCAGAUCCAGGUGUUGCCGUUUAACGAUAUCAAUCGUUUGGAUAAGGGCGUGAUAGCAACUGAAGUGGAGUCGAACACGUCUACGGGUAGUUCGGACGUGAUAGAAUUGUUGCGGGUGGAUAAUUGUGAGGAGAUGAUGAUCGCGGAGAACUCUGAUUUCCGGGAUUAUAUGGGUGGGGAUGAGGUGUCGCAGGAUCCGUUAGAGAUUGAGACGCCUAAGACGGACGGCGAGAGUUUGAACGAGACGUUGAGCAUUCCGCCGGCGGAGUCGACGCCUCAGCCGAAGAAGCGCGGGCGGCCGCGGAAGCUGCCGCUGGUGGUGACAGACAUCCCCAAGCCCGUCGUGCUGCCCGUGCCGGCUCUGGAGGAGCGCCCGCAGCGGUCGCUUCGGCUCUCCAGGGACCGCCCGACGAUACUGGCCAAGCCUCGCGGCAGAGGUCGCGGGCGAGGCAGGGGCCGCGGGCGGGGCGACAGCACGCCGUCCGAGCGGCGGGAACCGGCGUCCACGCCGGAAGACACGCCGGAACCGCCGGUGGAGCGCACGCCGGAACCCGCCUCCACGCCGGAACCGCUAGACCCUACUAGCUCGCGCGUCAAGCUGCCGCGGAUGACGGAGGCAUUAGAUAGGCUGCCGGCGUCGUGUGCUACGCCGCUGUCUUCAAGGCACAGCACUGACCACUUCGAUGGGACUGAGUUGAAGGUGGUGCUAGAUUCCCCCAUCAAGCUAGAAGACAGCGAGUCCCGCUCCCGCGGCGGCGGCGGCGGCGGGCGCGGGGCCCGCGGGCGGGGACGCGGCGGCCGCACGCCGGGCAAGUCGCCCCGGGGGCGCGGCCGCGGGCGCGGCGGCGGCAGGGGCGCUAUGUAUAUGAAGGAGACGAUGGGCAUCUACGGGCGCGUGUGCGGGCCGGCCACGACCACGGUGCAGCUGUUCGAGGAGGAGACCUGCAUGAUGGACGACAACGCCACGCCCGCCAAGCCCACACAUUUACUUGACGAGGACUCGCAGAGCUCGGUUCAAAGCUCCACGAAUGAGAGCAACAUGAAAACGAAGAAAUCUAAAUUCGCAGAUCUGUUUGACAGUAACAAUGAAUGGACUGCGGCAGACGUCAAGGAGUACAUUUGGCCUCCUGCCGAUAAACCAGAUGAAAAUUCAAAGGUGAUGAUGAUCCAAGAGCAAGUGGCAAUGUUCCUGGGCGUGAAAGGCUUCAGGAAGCGCUACCCCGAACUACAGCGCCGCGCCAUAACCGGGCCCGAGCGCGACCACGUCAUCGCGCUGGGGCUUGUGCGCGACGCGCUCGCCGAACGCGGCCUGACCGCAGUAGACGCGAGCGAAGUACUCGACAUAAUGCUGUCGGACUACCCGCACAAGUACGAGGAGUUCCGAGCGCACCAGCGGCACAAGCAGCGCGACGCCGAGGAGCGGCCCGAGCCGAAGCCCGAGCCGAAACCCGAGCCGAAACACGAGCCGCCCAAACCCGACCCGGAGAAGACCAGACAGGACUUAGCAGCAGCAGCGAUAGCGUCAGCAGCCGAAUGGAACGCGCGCCUCAACGUGAUCCGGCGCCCCGCCUGCGCCGACCUCCAGAGCAUGGCGCUACACACGCGCCGCCCCCCGCGCGCGCCCGCGCCCGCCCGCCCGCCCGCCGGCCUCUACCCGCACGCGCUGCUGCCCGGCCAGUACCAGCACUCCUACCGCGCCUACACCGCCGCGCAGCUCAGGUACUUCCCUUUGAACACGGCGUUAGAGGCGCCGCCCGCGCCGCCGGCGCCUGAAACAUCGUCUGACUCCGAGCCCGACUCCGAGCGCUCCGACUGCAGCCAAGACUCCGAACCACAGCCCGCCAAGCGGAAAAAGCUGACGAAAGUGAAGCGGAGCAACAGCCAAGCGGAGAGCGGACGCUCGCGCUCCGCCAGCCGCGACGACGCCGACACCUGCCGCGCCUGCAAGCGCACGCUCGAGGCCAACCGCAAGCACACGCACGAGCGCUUCCUCGUCUGCACCGUCUGCAGCGCCAAGCUGCACCCGGGCUGCACGGAUCUGAGCGCGGACACUGUGCGCAAGUGCCGCGAGUACGCGUGGGCGUGCAGCGGCUGCAAGCGCUGCGGCGCCUGCGCACAGCCCGGCGCACUGCUGUGCUGCUCGCUGUGCGACCGCGGCUACCACGCUAGCUGUGCGCCCGCCGCCGCCUCCUCGCAAGGGCGCUGGUACUGCGUGGAGUGCGCCGUGUGCCGGUCGUGCGGGUCGCGCGACGCGGGCGGGCCCGAGUGGCACCCGCAGACGCGGCGCGGGCCGGGCGGCCACAAGGUGUACUCGCACUCGCUGUGCACGCCGUGCGCCAGUAAAUCCAAGAGGGGCAUCAACAAGUGAACCCGUUUAGUUCCAUUAUCAAGAAGAAUAUGUAGCGAGGGACGCUCACGAAAAGUACACAAGUUUUAUACAAGUGUUUCGAUGAUAUAUGUGUCAUUUGUUUACUUGACUGGUCUUGGUAGUUACUCACGUCAUCUCAUUGUGUUCAUGUGGACUAACACGGGCUGCUCCGUUGUGUUCGACGUCUGCCUUCACUCUGUCGACAUGCUUGUUUCUGGUUCCUCGUAGAGUUUGGACCCCGCAGAAUGUUUCUCUAUGCCCCAGCAGCGUAACUUACUCAGCACAUCCCCCUACCGUAUUUGAUAAGUUGCAUGCUAACAUAAGUUUUAGACAGUCGUUAUUAUGGAGUUGUUUGCUCUGUUAGUGUUUAUUAUUUUUUCAUAAUUUCGUAUAGCCACUCAUUUUUUAAUUCCGAGCAGACAAAUUCAUACGUCAAAGAACAGCAAAGUGGUAUUAAAUUAGUAAAACUAUGGGCGGUGGGCGCGUAAAACUCUAAAAUAUAUUUGCACCAUGUUCAAAUACAGCACUUUCUUCUCAGCACUGUUAUUAUACAGGAAAACACCUACUUUUCUGUUCCUUCCGUAUCUUUACUGUUAUUGGUAAUUGUAUUUCUAUUCUUAACUAAAAUUGAUGCAAUACAUAGGUGUUUAUUUUGAACAUUCGCUUCUCUUUACGAUUUGAUGGAAGUAUUGCUCAAUGAUCGCGGGUGGCGUCGCUCACCAGCCAUUGCAGACCCCGACUAACUCAUCAUCACCAUUUGUACUGACUAACAGGGCAUAGAAAGAUUUCCCCAGGCGUUCACUAACUCUGAAUAUUUUAUUACUUGUCUUCUGGCUCUACACACGGUUAUUUUGCACAUAAUUAUAGAAUAAAUGUUAUUAUGUAUGUAUCGUAUAUUCUACUAUGACUUAGCAUAAUUAUUACAU